UCAAUUUACAGUUUGUUUUUGAAGAAUGGGGAAGAAGAAAGGUGAAGAAAACCAUAAAUCCGAGGAGCCGAAAGAGGGCUUCAAUUUGCUCGGCAAGCCUAAGUUCAAGAAGCUCGAAAACGGCCGCUUCAAAUGCGUGGAGACCGGCCAUGAGCUUCCUGCCCACGCCAGAGAAGCCUACGCUGUGUCCAAGCACUGUCGGCUUGGCCUCAUUAAUGCCGCCCUCGCUCGCAGCAAACCUCCGCUCAAUAUGUUCCGACAGGACCCCCUUUCCAGCUGUGUAUCUGUUUGGAAUAGAGUUCAGCUCAGAAGUUCUAAAUUAGAGUGCAAAUUGACUGGGCUUUCGAUUAAUAAAUCGGAGGAGCAUAUAUGGAAGCAUAUGAGUGGGAAACGAUUUCUCAACAUGCUAGAGAAAUUUGAGUCCGAGAAAGAAAUUCCGAAUGGGGUGGAGGGAAAUCCGGAUGAUGAUAAAGAGGGAACAAAAACAAAGAAGAACGAAGAUGGGAGUUUGAAGAAGGAGAAGAAUAAGAAGAAGAAAAAGAAGGAAAAGAAGAAAAAGAAUAAGAAAGAGGAGAAAAAUGUUGAUGAGAUUGUAAAUGAAGUGAGGGAUUCUGCAGGCAAGAGUAGUGAUUCAGAAGAAGAUAACUUUUGGAUGCCUCCAGAAGGAGAACGAUGGGACCAGGAUGACGGGGGCGAUAGAUGGAGCGACGGUUCGGAAUCAGCACCAGAGGAUGAUGAUGAUGUUCAAGAAGAUGCUGGAGAUGAAGAGGCUGAGCACGAAGCUAGCGAACUAUCCAAUGGGACCAAGCGAAUGUCGCUUGAAACCGAUCCCGAUACCGAUCCAACAUGCAGUGCCCCAAAGACGAAGAAAAGAAAGACGAAAGCAUGCUAGCAAUAGAGUGAGUGAGAUUUUAUUCAGUUUCAAAGUAGGCAGAAGGGGGGAUCUUCCUCGUUUCCGUUUACUUUUUAUGGGUGGGAAAUCAGUUUUCUUUUCUUUAUACACAUGGGCGAUGUGGUUUGUUUACUUUGAAGGAAAAAAUCAAUCUUGAAAAGCUUAUAGUAGCAUUGUUCAUUUGAAGUAGUUAAGUUAUGAAUGAUCAGUACCUUUGAUAGAUAUAUUCAGGAUUUAAGCUUA